AGGAGUCUUGCUGGCGUUCUGCUGGCCCUCGCGGGACGUCGAUCCGCGGAUGCUUUCGCCGUGGGAGGGGCUUCGCGCCAUGCCAUCGGCCGCCGCAGUGCUCUUUCGGGCGCUCCCGUGGCUUCGAUUGUCUCGACUGCCCGGCCGGAGAUGAAUCGAGUUCGCGCUGCCUCGCCGUCACGAGGGUCCGCAAGGAUGCUGGCUGGCCAAGAGUUUGCCACUUGCUCCGAAGCCGACUUCCGCGCGUACAUAAUCGGGUGGACGUUCGUGUGGAGCGGCAUCAUCCCGUAUACCUUCAUUGCCUCCAAGAACGUUCUCGGCGCGGUAGUUGGCUUCAAGGCGCGGUCCACGGUGAAGGAGGGCGAAGACGCCACCAUCUCUAACCAGAGCCUGCUGCUCUACAAGGACCCCAUCAAGCUGCUGGACAUCGUCAACAUCGUUGGCCGCUUCCAGACGUUUGACGACGUGCAGGACAAGAAAGGCGGUGUGAUGAGCGACUACCUGUUCCGGAACACCUUCAAGGAGAACCUCCGGCGAUCAAAGUUCAAAGGGUGGCCAGCGGGCCCUGACGGCCAGCCGGCCCUGAAGGACGCCUUUGGGGGCGACGUGAAGGCGGUAACGAGGACCAUGGCCAAGAGGGAGCUCUCGGACACUGCGAUGGACGCCGUGUUCGACAGCUUCGUCGGCAGCCCACUCUCGCUGGUCGCAGAUAGGUUCAAAGUGGACAACCAGCUCGACAACUGGCGCAAGGAUAACACGUUCGACAUCAAGGGAUUCGAACAGGGUCUCCUAGUGGGGCGAUUGCUGUUUCUUUUUACCAUCGUGAGCCUGGUUGGUCUCUUGCUCGCGGGCUACGGCGUCUUCUUCGUACAGCCGAUCAUCAUCCGGUAUGGAAACCCGCUGGCGUUCCUGGGUUUCUAG